UCAACUACCAACGCAUUUCUCCAAAAGCGUGUUUCAUCUCAUCCUAAGAGAUACGCCAUGAUCACUCCUAAGAGGCUAGUUCAACAGGCAAAGAAGUGGCAGAAGAUAUCAGCCCUCGGGAAGAGAAGGCUGGCGAUGAAGGGGCCAAUCAAAGAUGCCAACCUGCACGGCGCAUCGGCCAUCGCAGACAAGGGACACUGCAUCGUCUACACCGCUGGUGGAGAGCAGUUCGAGGUCCCAUUGGUGUACCUCGGUACGACGGUGUUCGGGGAGCUUCUGAGGAUGUCGGAGGACGAGUUCAGGUUCACGAGUGAAGACAGGAUUACGGUACCUUGCGACGCUGCGGUGAUGGCGUAUGUCAUGUGCUUGCUCAGGAGAAAGCCAUCAAUAGAGGUGGAGAGGGCGGUCCUUAGUUCUGUAGUAAUGCCGUGCCGCAACCAGAGUGACGUCGCCAUGGCUUACAAGAGUCUAGAGUCGAUGGCUAUUUUUAGCUAGUGAGAACGUGUCUUCCUGAUCUAUAUAUGCACCCCCUUUUUGGUAAAUCUUUCAUGUGAUGUAAUGUGUAAAUAGAUGUAUGCAAAUACCCAGUAAAUAGGUAAAGAAAUAACACUUUUGCAGUUGAAACGA